AUGGAGGGAGACGCAUGGAGAGACUUGGAAGUCCAGAGAAGUUUGGAUGGGAGGGUGAAUGAGCCGUCUUGUUGCCUGAAAGCAAGAGCUUUCCCUGUUGAUUCAGAGCUUGAAGCCAAUUGUCAUGCAACAGUUGUUUCUGGAUGGUUCUCUGAUAAAGGUGGCAAAAGCAUGUACUUUAACAACCCCAUGUGGCCAGGAGAAGCACAUUCCUUGGAAGUAGAAAAGAUUUUGUUCAAGGAAAAAUCAGAGUACCAGGAGGUUGUAGUUUUUGAGAUGACUGAGAAAGAUGAAUGUGCAUAUCAGGAAAUGAUUGCCUAUCUUCCCCUUUGUUCCAUUGAAUCCCUAAAAAAGGUUCUGGUUGUGGGUGGUGGGGAUGGUGGAGUUGUAAGGGAAAUUGCUCGCCACAGCUCUGUGGAUUUAAUUGAUAUAUAUAUGAAAUAG